AUGAACUCGCAAUUUCAUGCGGCACCGAAAGCGCUCAAUCCGGUCGACAUAAAAUUACCCGAAAAUUUGGUGAAGGGAGCUGUUGUGAUCGAUGAAAAACUCUUCGAAUGGACUCAAAAGGAAAUCCCGGAAGCCAUUUGCACUUCCACAUAUAUUACAAUCAAUAAAGAAACAGAUGAUGUGGAUGAUUUGAUCGUAAUGCUCGUGAAAAGUGAUGCGAAACAAGCAGAAACAUAUGGCUUGUUCUUUGAGGAACGCUUUUUAAGCAAUGAGAGUCGACGUUUACUCAAACAGGGAUUCAUUUUGACGAUGACUGCGUCACCGGCAGUUUACGCUCGUCGAAUCCACGAAAAUUUGCUAUCCCGUGGCUCGGAUUCGGCAAAGAUCGAAUCAAUUCUUCAAACUUUAUCAAAAUUGGCUCAAGAUAAAAUCUUCGUUUACGCUUUUUUGAAAAGCGAAACACUGGGAAUAAUGUACGAGAUGUUGGCGAGGGAAUUGGAUAAGCUAAGUUUCCCAACGAUUCAACUCCUUCUCCAAUCGCUUUACUCGAUGAUGGAGUUGAACGUCGACGGGCUCAGCUGGGAAACGAUUCCCGAGGAUGUUUUACUUUCAUUGUGCCGUUUGGUGACGGGUAGAGCGAAGAGCGAAGACGCACAAUCCGUGCUUUUCGCUGAGUGGAGUAUCGAGCAGAUAUUGAACACGACCAACAUUACUCUUCACGAGCGGAUUUUUGCGGAGGUUCCCUUUAUCUCACUGAUUCGGCAUCUGGAUCGAUCUGACGAGCGCGUUUCCCUUGCCACGCUGACGCUAAUGAACACAAUACACAGGAAAGCGGAUGUUCAGCUGAAAAACACGAUUUUGGAUGACCUCGGGACAGCGCCAUUCCGUAACGCGAUCUCGCAUUCGGUGCUGCGCGAUGGACGGGCAAAAGAUCGAACAUUCACCGCGCAACUCAUCCCAAUUCAGAGACUUCUCCUUGAGAAGCAAAACAUUUUGGCGAAAUUGCCCCCAUCAAGAGACGAUAUCAACACGUUGGAGAGUCUCGAUUGGUUCACUCGCUACGCAUCCACGAAUCUACAAUCGACUUUCGAGGCCGGUCAACACGGAAAGCUCUUGCCGAUCGCGAUGCGCGCCUCGGCACAACAACUUGCAUUGAUGUGCAGGGAGAACGCGAUGCGCGCUGAGAAAAGCCGAUGGGAGUUGAUGGCACUUUGCGAGUACACGAUGACGAUCACUUCUGAUCUUUUGGCGAAUGACGAAAAUCUCGGGCGUUUAAUCGAAUUCCUCUUUUCCGUCGAAAAUCCUUUGUUAACACUUUUCACAGCAAUCGUUCAACUUUUCCACAAAACGUGGCGCGAAAUGCACGCAGUUACGAGUGAGAUCGUCAAGGUUAGUAAUGUAGUGAGAGAGCAAGUGAAACGAGUGGUCGACAAACAGCCGGCAUCACUUGACAAGAUGCAAGCCGAAUUCGAUGCGCUUGCUUAUAAUAAGAUGAAGGAAAUUUGGAAACAAGAGGAAAGCGAUCGCGAGGUGGCCGAGUUGGAGUCCGAACUUGUCAAAGAUCUUCGAGAACUAUUGCGACCAGGAAUCGAGCAACUUGUUCGACAAAAUCGUAAAAACUUCAUGAAACAAGGCUAUACUUUUAAGAAAACUGGAAAAAAAGCAACAUUGAAAGAACAAUCACAAUAUUUCUUUUGGCGUUUGGAUAGAAACGAGAAAAUCUUAAUGGUGAUCGAUUGUGAUACGGAAAGAUUUAUCCCGGGUGCAAGUCAAGCAAAAUCGAUCCGUAAAAUAAUGGUAAAAGAUAUCAAAGAUGUUCAAUGGGGUGACGAGAGUGAGAAAGGGACGAGAAAGAGCAGCUCAUUCUCGCGCGGGAUUCGUUUACUUUUGCCGGGAGCCGACGAAAAAGAUGAAUCGCUGGCAGCUUGUGCACAAAGCGAUCGCGACAUGAGUACAUGGGUGGACGGGUUGUGUGAAUUGAUCGGAAAGAACGAGAUGAGCCGAGACGCGUCGAAGCUUGUCGAUCGACUUUUGUCCACCGAGUUGCGACUGCGAUUGGUUCAGGUUCCAAAUCCGAGCCCUCGUGUGAUCGCUCCUCCACUCCCGACAACGUGGGAUUGGAUUCCGGCUGAAGAU